AUGAACCUGCUCGGUUUAUUUUACGUUUUUAUGAUGGAUUUUGAUAGCAAAGCUGGUCCCUCAAAAAAAGUUAGAUAUAGUGAUUCGGACUACGAAGAAACUUUGCUGAAAUGGGCGGCUGAGGUGGAUGAGGAAAAUGAAAACGACAGUGAUAUUGAUUCAGAUACCGAGUUCAUUUGCAGUGAUCAUGAGAGUGUUCGGAACAAGAUAUGA